UGUUACUUUGGGACUCUCCCCUCCUGCAAAUUCUCUCAUUGGCAACAUCGGCGUCGUUUCCUCGCAGAAAGUAACGGAAAAUCCGACGGCUUUUUCGUCCCCAAUUCCCAAAACAUGACCAAGUUUGAUGAUAAUAGGAUCGUCUCAAACUACCCGAACCCACCACCAACACUGCUUCACUUCACAAUGAUCUUCUUCUUCUUCUUCUUCUCCUUCUUCAUCUUCAACUAAAACCCAACACCUCACCAUGGAGCCAUCCAACACCAACAACAACAAGUCCCGGUUGAUCGGAGACUACAUACUGGGCCCGAAAGUCGGGUCGGGUUCCUUCGCCGUCGUGUGGCGCUCGACCCAUCGCCAACUGGGUAUUGAAGUUGCCGUGAAAGAGAUUGACAAGAAACAAUUGACCCCAAAAGUCAGCGACAGUUUACUCAAGGAAAUUUCGAUUCUUAGUACUAUACACCAUCCCAACAUCAUUCAUCUUUUCGAGGCUAUUCAGACUAAGGACAGAAUUUACCUUGUGCUGGAGUACUGUGAUGGAGGUGACUUGGCGGCUUAUAUACAGAGGCAUGGGAAAGUUUCAGAGACUGUGGCCAGACACUUCAUGAGGCAAUUGGCUGCAGGAUUGCAAGUGCUUCAGGAAAAGCAGCUCAUCCACCGGGAUUUAAAACCACAGAACUUACUCUUGUCAGCCAAUGAGGAAACCCCUCUAUUGAAGAUAGGGGACUUUGGUUUUGCAAGAUCUGUCACACCGCAAAACUUGGCUGACACGCUUUGUGGUUCACCGUUAUACAUGGCUCCAGAGAUUAUUCUGAACCAGAAGUAUGAUGCAAAGGCUGAUUUAUGGAGUGUUGGAGCAAUUUUAUUUCAGCUAGUGACUGGGACACUACCAUUUGAUGGGAAUAGUCAAUUGCAGCUUUUUCAAAAUGUUCUGACUACUGAGUUGCGGUUUCCAAAAGGUGCUUUGGAAGUUCUGGAUCCAGAUUGUGUAGAUCUCUGCAGAAGCCUUUUGCGUCUAAAUCCAGUUGAGCGCUUGUCGUUUCAGGAGUUCUUCAAUCACAAGUUUCUCAGAGAAGCAAGGGUGAUGAUGGAUGUUGGAUAUACUUCACCACUUAAAUCAACUGGUGAAAAGCCUAGUUCUUCUGCCUCCAGUAAGAUGUUGCAAUUGCAUGCCACACAUUCUGUCAACAAAUCUAUCAGAAAUCUGGGUUCAGAUUCAGCAGCAGAUAUUAAAGGGAUUGUGCCAGGUUCUGCAUGUGAUAGGCCCAAGAAAUCUGUUAUCUCUCAGGAUGAGCCUCGAGUUUCUGAUUCAAUGGAGUCGAUUGAGAAAGACUAUGUGAUGGUUAAUUCUCAUUUUGCGUCAAUGGAGAGUUUCUCUUAUCAUCUUGAACAUUCCCUGCAACUUGAUUCCACAACCAGAGCUUCUAUCUGUGCUUCUAAGCAGAAAGAUCAUGGUCUCCCACGUGUCAUGAAAAUAGAUGAGGUGGCAACUAAUUCUAUCACUGCGGGAAGUUCACAAACGCGAGGAUCAGUUAUAGUACCAGCAUCUUGUGCAUCAACUCUAUUACUGGAAGUGCAAGGACUAUCUAUAUUGCAUCCUUCAACCAGGCUACAUCUGUUACAUCAGCAUGCUCAGGUUCUUGCUGAUCUUUCUCAGGAAAAGUACAAUGCAGGACUGUAUCUGGAGUCAUUUUCGGUUGAACUGGUUGUUUUGGCCAUAUGGAAGAAAGCUCUUCAAAUUUGCAGCAGUUGGCUGGCAUCAGUUGACAAGGACGAAAUGCCCGAAAGCAGUUCAGCGAAUGCAUCCUCAGUUCAGGGUGGCUUAUCACUAAACAAUUCAGAAUAUUUAGACUUUACUAGGCCUUCAUCUGUUUCAGUUUGGGCCGAGCAAGGUUUUCUAGUUGCAUUUGAUCGCGCAGAGAAGUUAUCCGUUCAUGUCCGAGAUAUGGAUGGUGCUGCUGAAGUACCAGACGCGAUGGAAAUUAUAUACCAAAAAGCUCUAGAAGUUGGGACAACUGCUGCUGUAGACGAGUAUAUGGAGAACAAAGGUAGUGCAGCAGCAUUGUACACCAAAGCUAUGCUUCUACUCUCUUUUAUUGCAGGAGAAGCAACCUCCCUGCCCCUAAACCCUCCAUUUUCUUUAACUCCGGCCAAUAAGAAGCGAGUUCAACAAUACAUGGUAAACUUGGAGUCCCAUCGGAUUAAAUUUUUCAAGCCAGACUACACCCGUGCAAUUUGAAGACUCCACUACCCCGUAAAUAUUACUGGUGUACAGCCAUCCUCAACCAAGCUCAUUUCUUGUGCAUAUUACCGCUGCAGUGUAAAUUGUAGUCAGAUCACCAGGCAGUUUUCUGAAACAUUGGGUGAUGACGACGAUGAUUAUUAACAGUGACAAAUAUCUACUAUAGGGAAGUCUGUAGCAGACCAGACCACAGGCUAUAUCGAACAAGAUUACCUUAUUGCUCGAGGUUUUUGUUAAUAACUUAUCUAUUCUUUCUAUGGACUGGUUGUAAAUAUAGAUACUGCCCAGACUCGUGCUUAUAGCAACUGUCAAGACUUCACUUCUCGCAAUCAGUUUUCACUAAUUGCGGCACU